AUGUCUCAGAUAUGCAACGUUGAAAAUGAGACACCAGGACAAACGCCCCCAUCUCCAGGUGCUGUUUGGCCGAGGAUAGUUGACUAUGGUACUCUGGUAGGUGGCAGUAAUUCACCUCAACACUGGCUGACAGACGACGUAAAAAAGGAAAAAGAAGAAGAAGAAGAACAGUCCAUCAGUCAGAGAGGAGACCUGCUGGACUCCACAGACCAGGACCAGAGCCAGAACCAGAACCCAGAGCAGCACACCAACAACCUCGUUAUUAAAAGAGAAGAAUCAGACUCAGCCUCUGCUACCACCGAUACACAGGGGAUAGAUGACUCUGCAGUAGGUGGCAGUAAUUCACCUCCAUGCUGGUUGACAAUCAACAUAAAACAGGAAAAAGAAGAAGAAGAAGAAGAAGAGUCCAUCAGUCAGAGAGGAGACCUGCUGGACUUCACAGACCAGGACCAGAACCAGAACCAGAACCCAGAGCAGCACACCAACAACCCUGUUAUUAAAAGAGAAGAAUCAGACUCACCCUCUGCUACCACCGAUACACAGGAACAAAAUGGAAAUGAGGAAGUCAAACAUCACCGCUGUGAGCUCUGUCACAAAGCCUUCACAAAACCAAGAUAUUUAAAGAUGCAUCUGAAAACUCAUGCACGAAAGAAGCUUCACAGGUGUGAUCAAUGCGGGAAAGGUUUCACUACUGAUCGUACUCUAAAAAUCCACCAGCGUAUUCAUACUGGAGAGAAACCAUACAGCUGUGAGCAGUGUGGGAAAGCUUUCACUCAAGAGGGUCAUCUAAAACUUCACCUACGUGUUCACACUGGAGAAAAACCAUACAGGUGUGAUCUGUGUGGACAAGAGUUCAAGACCAGCACCGCCCUAAAAAACCAUGAUCGUAUCCACACUGGAGAGAAACCAUACAGGUGUGAUCAGUGUGGGAACUCCUUCACUCGUCAAAGUAAUCUACAAAGACACCAACGUAUUCACACUGGAGAGAAGCCGUACAGAUGUGACCAAUGUGGGAAAACUUUUACACAAGAAGGGGACAUGAAAAGGCACCGACGCCUUCACUCUGGAGAGAAACCGUAUAAAUGUGACCUAUGUGAGAAAUCCUUUACUCAAGAGAGUCAUCUGAAACUUCACAUACGUAUUCACACUGGAGAGAGACCGUGCUGGUGUGAAUAUUGUGGGAGAGCUUUCACUACGAACAGUGAUCUAAAAAAACACCUGCGCAGACACAAGCUGUUGUGGUGUGACCAGUGUGGGAUGCCUUUCGUAAGAGCUAAGGACCUAAAAAGCCACCAGUGCACUCCCACUGAGGAGGAACCAUACAGCUGUGAAGAAUGUGAGAAAACUUUCACUCCAAACAGAAAUCUAAAUACACUCUAACACUUUCACACUGGAGACAAACUGUACUGGUGUGAGAAGUUUGUUUACAGGAUCUCUUCGGUGCAGUCACUCUGCAUCAUGGAGCUUCCUUUUCUUGCCUGAAUAACUGAUGUUUUAU